AUUUCGAAGGACUUUUGUCUGCUAAUUCGCUUAGUCUGCUGUCUAAUGUCUGCGUCUGCUUCUCAGAAACCUUGAAUGAGUCACUGAGAAAGAUAAUCUUGUGCCUAAUUCCUUUUAACUGUCCCAUCAGCAAGAAACCGAUUGGCAAAAUGGGUAAACAAGGAUACGAACCUGCUCCGACAGCUCCUCUACCUACAGCUCCCCCUCCACCUUAUGAUGCCCAACCACCAUACAACCCUUAUGGCGAUGCUACUCAGGCACCACCUUAUCAAUACCAGCCGACGCCAGUAAUUCAUGAGACGCCCCAACAGGCCGGCCAAUCUUUGUAUCUGUCCGUUCCACAAUAUCCUCAGCCUAUACAAGUCACUGGAGGUAAUACAGUAGUAGUGGGAGUUACCCCUUUACUCGUCGGUCGCCAGCCGCUUAGAACAACGUGCCCAAACUGCAACUCUACGAUCAAGACGAUGACUGUGAAAAAGUCCAAAACUCUCGCUCAUCUGAUUUGCCUCGGCCUCUGCUUUGUUGGAUGCUGCUUAUGCUCCUGUAUUCCGUACUGUAUGGAUUCCAUGAGUCUCGUAGUCCAUACUUGUCCUAAGUGCAAGGCACACCUUGGUACUUACGAACCGUAAGCCUACAUGGUUGGGCGAAAGCAAUGUGAUAUAUGCUAAGUUACUUUGUUGCAAAACGUUCCAAAACGAUCAUCUGUCCUCCAUUUUGUAUUGUAGUUUUUAUACGAUAGGCCUAAGUGCCUAAGUUGAAACGAUGACUGCCAAGGUGUUUUUCUUGGUCUUACUUUUAACCAACUCUUAGGAGUGGGGUAGGAUGUAUUUUGUAAUCGUUAGCAAAAUAUAGAUGCAGGACUAAUUAAAUGUAACUUGUAAACAAUAUGCUUUUGUUCUGGUAAUGAAUAAUUGAUUUAGAAGUAGUUUUAUGCAUAACUAAUAAUAAAGUCCUUUGGAUAAGCUUGAAUCAAUUAAUGCUUUGGAAAUAAUGAUCUGAUAGAAGAUUCAUUGGCCAGAAAUGUAUUACCAUCUACAUACUUCAGAAAACUGUUUAACACCAAAUAGGUAUAGCCAGUCCCAAACAGGCUAGAAUAUUAAACAAUCUUCAUAAAAACUGAUGUAUAAUCAUCACAUACCAAUGAAUUUUAAAGAGCGGUGAACAAAAAAAAAGCUUUUGAGUGGCAGACUUCACUUUUCUUAACCAAGUAUUGGAGUUGACUAUCACAUUAAUAUGAAUGGCUAUACGAAAUGAAUUACAGUAAGUUAUUAUAGUACAGUAUAGUGUAAUUUUCUUGGUCACUGAUUCUUGGACAUCAUUUUGAAAAAGAACAAUUGCGAUUGUAAAUUGAUAAAACAAGGUGUAAUUUUUUAUAUUUUUUUUUUACAUUCCCCCCCCCUAUUUUUUUGUUUUUUAUUAAAAGCUUGAAGCUUAUCUCUUGUCUACUUGACUCUUCCAAAGCUUAUACUAAUUUGCUUACAGUAUUAUUAUGAUGAUUUGUUGACUUAAAGCAUAUUAUUCUUAUUAGUUUUCAAUGAAUAUUGAUUUAUUAUUUAGUAGUACUGGUACCAUAUAUAGGUAAAAUAUUCACUUAUUGAUACCUACUUAUCUAUUGAAUGUUAUAGGUUUUGUAUAGAUUUGCUUUUUGUUGUAUUCUUUUUGGCUUAUUGACAUAUUGAAAACUGCUUUGUGUUUUUAUUAAGUAUGGGGAAAGUUGGGGAAUUAUAUAGGAUAUGCAUUAUACCCAUAAAUUAAAACAGUAUUUUUUAUUUUAUUGUUAAGGUUGUACUUAGGCACAUUCCAUUCUUUGGAAACUAUUCAAACUUGGUUGUGUAAUUGUGAAUUAUCUAUGUUAUUGGAAUUCAAUGUUGAUAUUUCACGUGGCAGCUUGGACACAUCUGGCUAGUUCACUAAGGUUCUCAAUAUUGCUUAAUGCUCAUAAUCGCUAAUUGUUAAGUUACUAUUAUAAGGUUGCUCAUUUUAAUUAGUUACCUAAACUGAUAGUCAAAGAUCAAACAAAUGUCGCCAAACAAAGAUUGUUUAAAAAGUGUUUCACAUGGAAUCUUUGCUGUUUUGGCUUUAGUUGGAAGAAUGUAAUUUAUUUAAGUAGUUAGUUAAUACAACUCUUGAAAAUGAUCUUUGUAAUUGGAAGUCUAUUUUUUUUCUAGUUUGUCAGAAUAGACAACUGCUAGACGGUUAAAAUGUUUACAGCUCAAUUUUUGUAGUCUAGUCAACGAUUAAAAAAAUACUUUUAUAACAGUUAGUGACGAAUUAUUUGGAAUCACUACAAGUUAGGUGCUUUUUGUUAUUGACUCAAAAAUAUUUGGGUCAUGAACGAUUUCAAAGAAAGGUUUAACAUGUUUUGGAAUUUCUUUACAACUUGUUCUUUGUUAAUUUUAGUUUCAAGAAGAAGCAUAAUAGAUCCGUUACUAAAUAUAAGUACCAUAAGUAGUUCCUAACUCUUUCAGUUAAAUUUCGAGUUAACUGUUUUGUAUAUUGUAGCACCUUUCAUGUUUAUUACUUCCAAAGAAUAAAUGUAUU